GUGGCGGUGUAUCUGUUGGAAACGCCAAAUGUGCUGUACAUCUCGGCAGUGGGGCGCUUAAAGUUUGAGACGGCAAACGUUGCGUUCGUCAUGGACGUUCCCGGCGUUGUUGUGUAAUUGCGAGUAGGUCUUUGCGAAUUGUCUUUGCCGAGACGAAUCGAUCAACAGUGAAAAUGCCGUCCGGUAAACCGGUAAAAGCCACGGUUCGGAUCGUUUGGAUGAUGUUUUGUUUAUACUCGGUCGACUUGGGCCGAGUAGACGCACUUCCGGACGUCAUCAAAGUCGGAGCAUUAUUUCAUCCGAACGACUUGAACCAAGAGAAUGUUUUUAAACAUGCCAUUCAGGAUGUUAAUUCGAACAGGAAUAUUCUCAGCAGGUCCAACCUGACUGGUCAGAUCGAAAGGGUUUCACCACAAGACAGUUUCCAUGCUUCCAAAAGGGUGUGCAGCCUUCUCAGACUCGGCGUGGCCGCCGUUUUCGGUCCCCAAUCACCACAAAUAUCCAGUCACGUCCAAUCCAUAUGCGACACCAUGGAAAUACCUCAUUUGGAAAUGCGGUGGGACUAUAAACUCCGCAGAGAGAGUUGUUUGGUCAACCUGUUUCCGCAUCCGACGGUUCUGUCGAAGGCUUAUUUGGACUUGGUAAAAAAAUGGGGAUGGAAAUCGUUCACUAUUAUAUACGAGAACAACGAAGGUCUGGUGAGGUUACAGGAGCUCUUGAAAUCCAGAAACGCUGCGCUGUCCGCUUACCCGAUAACUAUUCGGCAACUAGGUUCGGGACGAGAUCACAGGCCACUUUUGAAACAAAUAAAAAACUCUGCCGAAUCUCAUAUCGUCUUAGACUGUUCCACGGAAAAGAUAUACGACGUAUUGAAACAAGCCCAGCAAAUAGGAAUGAUGAGCGAUUACCACAGCUAUCUGAUCACGUCUCUGGACUUGCACACUAUUGAUCUGGAAGAGUUCAAGUACGGCGGCACGAACAUCACCGGCUUUCGGUUGGUGAACCCCGACACGCCGAUGGUACAAAAAGUACUACGACAAUGGAAGGAAAACUUUACUGUUAUGUCGACGGAAACGGCGUUAAUUUACGACGCCGUUCAUCUGUUCGCCAGAGCCCUCCACGACUUGGACAGCAGCCAGAAAAUCGAUAUAAAACCGUUGAGUUGCGAUGCUUCGGACACUUGGCCUCACGGAUACAGCUUAAUCAAUUAUAUGAAAAUCGUUGAGAUCAGCGGUUUGACCGGUGUCAUUAAGUUCGACAAUCAAGGUUUCAGAACCGACUUCGAACUGGACGUGGUCGAGGUGAACAAAGAAGGUCUUACGAAAAUAGGCACUUGGAACUCUUCUCAAGGCAUCAACUUUACGAGGUCCUUUGUCGAGGCAUAUUCCAACAUCGUUGAUAAUCUACACAACAAGACCCUUGUAGUCACAUUAAUGCUGAGUUCGCCGUACACCAUGCGACGGGAAUCCAGUCAGAAAUUGGUCGGAAACGAUCAGUUUGAAGGAUACGCUAUAGAUUUGAUUCAUGAGAUAUCCAAACUGCUUGGAUUCAACUACACGCUGAAGCUAGUUCCCGACGGCCGGUACGGAUCUUACAACCAGGAGAACAAAGAAUGGGACGGCAUGAUGGGCGAACUGUUGUCGCAGAGAGCCGACUUGGUGGUAGCCGAUUUGACCAUCACCUACGACCGUGAACAAGCCGUCGAUUUCACCAUGCCCUUCAUGAACUUAGGCAUAAGUAUAUUGUACCGAAAACCGAUUAAACAGCCGCCGAACCUUUUCUCUUUCUUGUCGCCUCUGUCGUUGGACGUUUGGAUUUACAUGGCCACUGCCUACCUUGGCGUCUCUGUUCUCCUGUACAUCUUGGCGAGGUUUAGCCCGUACGAAUGGGAGAACCCGCAUCCUUGCAACUCGGACGCCCCGGAUGUGUUCGAGAACAAGUUUUCCCUGAACAACUCUCUGUGGUUUACGAUCGGCUCUCUGAUGCAACAGGGAUCCGACAUGGCGCCCAAGGCGGUUUCAACCAGAAUAGUCGCCGGAAUGUGGUGGUUCUUCACAUUGAUCAUGAUCUCUUCGUACACCGCCAAUUUGGCCGCUUUCCUCACGGUAGAGAGAAUGGAUUCGCCAAUCGAGAGCGCCGAAGACCUGGCGAAACAGACCAAAAUCAAAUACGGCGCCCUCCGAGGGGGUUCGACCGCUGCGUUCUUCCGAGAUUCCAAUUUCGUCACCUACCAGAGAAUGUGGUCGUUCAUGGAAUCGUCCAGACCCAGUGUGUUCAUGGGUUCGAACACCGAGGGCGUGGAGAGGGUGAUCAAGGGUAAGGGAAACUACGCGUUUUUGAUGGAAUCAACCAGCAUCGAAUACGUGAUCGAACGCAACUGUGAGCUCACCCAGGUCGGAGGCCUGUUGGAUUCCAAAGGAUACGGCAUUGCUUUACCCCCGAACUCACCGUACAGGACGGCAAUUAGUGGAGCUAUUUUAAAACUACAAGAAGUCGGCAAGUUGCACAAGCUCAAGACGAAAUGGUGGAAAGAAAAACGAGGGGGCGGCUCUUGUCGCGACGACACUUCGAAGAGUAACAGUGCGGCGAACGAGUUAGGUCUGGCCAACGUCGGCGGAGUGUUCGUUGUGCUUAUGGGUGGAAUGGGCGUGGCCUGUGUAGUAGCUGUUUUCGAGUUCGUUUGGAAGUCAAGAAAAAUAGCUGUCGAAGAAAGGAUCAUUAAAUAUCACACCAAGUACAGAAAAUAAUAGUAAUAUGAUCAGUACCAGAUCUAAAAUAAAAAGCGUCAAGCUCGACACAUUCGUAGCCUUAAACAAAAUUGUUCGAUAGAUAUUUCCAUACACGAGCUGACAAGAUAUACAUAUUGUUGAUAUGACGUCGAAAAAAUCGGCUCAAAUGUUAUUUUAAAAUCAUAAAAAUAUGGAAAAACCAUUUUACACUUAAACAAUAUCAACAUUUUCUUAUUCGUAACGAAAACUUUAGUUAGCAAUGUAAUACAAUAGACCACUAAACACUUAUUUGGAAUACUUUCAUUCACAAAGUAUUUAGCGUUUAAUACAUUUUCAUUAAUGUAGAUAUUUUUUUCUGUUGAAAGAAGGCAAACCAUUGAGGGUAAUCGAUUUGUACAAUUAAAUUCUAUUAAGUAAGAGUUUUUAUUGCCAAUUUCAUUUGACAAUUAUUGUUUUGAUUCUCAUCGCUUCUCUUUGAGUUGAAUUCUUAAAAAAAAUGUAAACCCUUAAAUCGUUGCACCUUCCAAAGUUUUAACUUCAAUAUAAAAAAUGAAAACGAGAGCCGCAAGACGUAGAACGCACAAUGAAUGCUGUUAAAAUAUGUUUGUUAUUAAAUUACAAAAUCUGUAUACAUUUUCCUAAACUAAGUAUCUAUUAAAAAGUAUUGCACUUUGUUAAUCUCUUAGAAUAUAAUAGUAAAAAAUGUGUUCUUGUAUUAUGUAAUAAUUACAUAAUCAAUGGUAUUAUUUACCCAAAGUGGAGUACAUCAUUUAUAUUUACCAAUAUGAGGUGCUGAAUAUUAAACCUUUUUUUAUAAGUUUAUAAAACAUCUAAUAC